AUGGCCAAGGAAACCGCCAACGAUCUUCAGGAGGAGCCGCAAGCCACCGUGCAUUCUUUCCCGUACCAGGAUCUAGCUACAACUCAUUUUGCUUCCAUGCUACCCUGCCUGGAAGAACUGGUCAUUCGAGACGAGUGUGGGUUAUUUGAGGAGCGGGAAGGAUCCAUGGUAGCUGCGGCAAGACCAGGACGCAUCGCAGGGACCAUGGCUCUCGGUAAACUUUGUCGCGUGGACGUUGAAAUCUCGCCAGAAGGAUCCAAUCAAAACGCCAGAGCGAUCCAUCUUUCCGCCGGGCUCCCUUCUACGCGCAUCGUCCGAGCUACGCACAUGGUCGAUCCGGGCGACAAGUGCACCGCGACUCACUCGAACUCUACCCAAUCACAAAGCUGCUUCUGUAUACGUGCGGUUCCAGAGAGUCUACAACGCAUCAUCGGUAGUAUCGCCGCCUUGCUGGAAUUCCUGUAUGAUUUUGCUCCAAGAGACGAAGUGGAGCCCGGAAAAGCUCGUCACGGAGCCUGUUGCAGUCUGCGAGUCACAGCCCUCGUUAGCUUGGAACUGACCGAUUACUCGGGCAUAUGUGGCGAGAGAAUCGAACUUGGCUGCUUCAUGGGUUCCCCUUCAAGGGUUGCACUUUCUGAUGAAGAUUCGCGUCGAUUAUAG